AUGCCUGGAGCCUGCAGCAUCGGUGGCAGCAGCCCAGGAACAAAGCUUUGCUGUCCUUUUUCAGCCAACCUCGGCACCUUGGACGACAUAGCUGCCAAACUGGAGAAGGUGCAGAGUGAGAUAAAGCACCUGGAGGACGAAGGAGAGAAGGCACUGGAUUUCCGCAAGGACGUGCUGGACCAAGUGGGGCAGCUGCGGGAGCAGUGCACCAGGCUGCAGGAGGCCGCGGAGCGGCUCUGGAGCGACGCUGAGGACGUCCAGAGCCUGCGCGAGAUGGUGGAGCAUCUGGAUGUGAGCAAAGCAGACAAGGCCCUGCUGGAGCAGGGCAUGGACAUUAAAGCAGACAAGGCUGAGCUGGAGACCAAAGUGAGCCAGGAGGAGCUGCAAAGCGCCAUAGCCCAGCUGAGCGAGAUGAUGCACGACCUGUUACAGAAGAUGUCCCUGCAGGACCAGGACUGGCAGAAAGCCCUGGAGAAGCUCGUCAGCGACAUGGACUCCAAGCUGGACCACAUGGUGUUGGACCCCCUGCGGGUGCAGCUGGAGCAGGUAUGGAAGUUCACCAAGAGGUACCUGCGCCAGUGCCCCCCCUUCAACGCCAACAGUGCUGCCGGCUUUAAGAGGCAGCUCUUUGAGCGGGUGAAGUGCAUCUCCUGCGACAGACCUGUGACAAUUGUCCCCAGGCCGCACUUGGUGACCGUCCGAAAGGCCAACCCGCUCCUCCGGCCCCGGCCGGCCAUGGCAGGCGCCUCCCUCUGA